UCUUUGUGUGAGCAUUUGAAAUAAGUAAAGACUUGUAGGUGACCUGGCGUGGCCUCCCACGUGCUGGCCUCCGCCGACAACUUCCGCCAAAUACCUCUUUGCUCCGUAACGGCCUGUGGGUGUGUUACAGUCUAUAUAGCAUCAACUACAAACUUCAUUUAGCCUGUAUCAGCGGUUAGGUGGCUUUUCACUCAUCCGUGCCGACUUACAUAACAUCGCAACGUAACAUGACGAUGCUUGCCAGCAUGCACCAGCGCCCUGCUGGUCAAGCUGUGUGCACAAGUGGCUCUGCUAGUACCAGCGGCAGGGCUCCGAUACUUGCGUUCCAAUUUGUUCGCAACUGCCAUCACGCUCGGAGCGGACUGGCGGCGACUGGCUGCAUAAAUCCCCAACCCAGCAGCCGUGUAGCAUCACGACAGUCUGUGGUUUCUCGCAGUAUUGCUGAUGGGCAUCAUCCGGAUCGCUUGAAGGACUGCAAUGUCCUUGAGCUGGAGACUUUCCUUCAUGCGUACCGACAGGGCAGCCAAGGCCCUUCCGCCACACCAGGCGAGGUCUUCCUCGUGGGCACCGGUCCCGGCGACCCGGGGCUCCUCACCCUCCGCGCCGCACAGCUCAUGGCCACGGCGGAUGUCGUACUGUACGACAGACUCGUGUCAGACGAGAUCUUGCAGCUGGUGAACCCCGGCGCGCGCAUGGUGUAUGUGGGCAAGACCGCGGGCUACCACACGCGGCGGCAGGAGGAGAUACACGAGCUGCUGCUGGCGUUUGCGGAAGCAGGCGCGCUGGUGGUCCGUCUCAAGGGCGGCGACCCCUACGUGUUCGGUCGGGGCGGGGAGGAGGUGCAGUACCUCACCUCGCACGGCAUCCGGGUGCACUGCGUGCCCGGCAUCACAGCGGCGGCAGGCAUCUGCGCGGAGCUGGGCAUCCCCCUCACGCACCGCGGGGUGGCCACCUCUGCGCGCUUCCUGACGGGCCACUCGCGGGAGGGCGGCGAGGAGGCGCUGGAGGAGGCGUUCCAGCUGGCCGCGGACCCGCACACCACCCUCAUCGUGUACAUGGGGCUGCAGACGCUCGCCACCCUCACGCAGCACCUGCUUGCCGCCGGAGCCUCCCCAGACACACCCGCAGUGGCCGUGGAGCGGGGAACCACGCCGCAGCGCCGGGUGGUGUACGGCACGGUUUCCGAACUGCAUGGCCUUGCGGCGGCAGCGGGCCUGCGCACGCCCACGCUGAUUCUGAUCGGGCAUGUGGUGGGUUUGAGUCCCGGGUGGGUUGAGUGGCAGGAGGCGGGCCGGCCGUUGGAGUGGAAUGAGGCGAGCAGCUACCCGCGCAUGAGGUUGAGGCUGCAGUUGGAGGGAGAGGGGGAGAAGCAGGAGAAGGGGAGGGGGGCUGCUGUGGUUGGAGGGGGCAGGUAGAUGAGAGGGGGCCGUGCCCGGGGCUGUUGGCAGUGGGAGCGGCGGCUGAGAACCUCCAUUUCAUAGGAGGACUUUGUGCUUUGAAAUGUGUCCACUUGUUUGGUUUGUGUAGUUUAGUUAUGUGCAUGCGUGCACUAGUUUGAACGUGUACCGGUAUGUGGUGCAGCUGGCAUGUGCCGGUGUUGCUGUGUUGUGAUGGCGGGGCUCUGAGGUGGCAUUGUGUGGUCCUGUUUCCUGUUUGUUUGUCUGUUAUCGUAUGUGUUUUGCAUGAUUCCGUAUUACUCCUCAUGGACCCUAUGCUGUACGAUUGGUGAAGGGGCGUUGCAUGAACCAUAUCAAUACUCUUGAUCCUGGCACGUUACGGCACGGAGCGCUCUCCGAAGCACGGGCACCAAUGUACGGCAUGCGGCUAUGUGCCCAUCUUAGUGAAGGGGGCAUGUUGCUUCAUGACGGCCGGAGGUUAGGUCCUGUCAAACGGCCGAAAGAAGAGAAGACGAUGAAGCAAUGUUGCUAGUGCUAUUGCAGUAGCUGCUGCUGACGGGUUGUUACCCGUAAGUGAUGGGGGGUGGUUGCAUGCAGGUAAAGCAGCAUGCAUGCCGCGCGGUGAUUAUUGUAUAAUAUCAUGCUUGCUAAGACGCGGGGGCAUUCGGGCCACUCAGUGGCAGCGUUGGCAUCGACAAAGCGCGAUGGCGGACUUUAUAGUUUGUGCAUGCUUGUAGGUUGCCCGCACACCGGUGGAUAGCGGUUACCUGGUUUGGGAACUGGUUUUGGUACGGGUUUGUGUGGGCGGGCGAGUACUGCGGGGAGCUGUUUGGAACAGAGCAUAUGCAUUGCAGUCUCGGCGUGCGAAUAGACGCGACCACUGAGCUAUGGUUGCGCUUGUGAUGUUUAGAACGAUUGAGCCUCUUGGACCGUGCAUCGCACCCACCCAACUACUCGUCUGUGCAUGUGUGCGUCCCUCCCUUGUCAGGGUUUGACUCUCCUGUGUUUGAUUAAAGUCAAACCAUGUUUGACUGGCGUGGCUGCAGUUACGUACUGCGCGACCUGGUUCAUCCUGGUGUCUGCUCCACAUGCCUUGUUCUGUGACAGAACUCAUAAUCUUAAGAAACAUGCUUUAUGUGAACAAGUAAGGCAUACCUGUAAUCUUAUCACAAAC